GUGGGAGUACUUUAGAUCACAUAACUCCAUUCCGAGCAAACACAAACCAUCAUCUCUCUCUUCUCCGUUCUUUCUUCUUUCUUCUUCUUCUUCUUCUUCUUCUUCUCAUGGCUGGGUUUGCAGGACGCUUGGGUUUUCUUCUUUUGCUCACAGUGCUGUUACCCUCUCUCCGCAAUGAAGCAGAAGCCAGAGAGAGCAAGUUCUUCACGUCGGAAGCCCUAGAGCUAGUAAUACCUUCUUCGCCUUCGGAUUCGCCGGCGCAGGCGCCGGAAACAGAGGCUCUGGCGCCGGAAUCAGAGGCUCCGGCUCCGGCUCCGGUGAGCGGCAGCGACGACAGUUACGGCAAUGGCUACGGCCUCUACGGCCACGAGACCAGUGAGUUUCCCACCACUACAACGACAACCACCACCACCACCACCAUCGCCGACGACGAGAAUCAAAUCCAGGCUGAAGAACUCGGCCAGCAGGGCUUCCAAGAACGAGAAAAAGGGUAUCCCUACAACAGCAACAAUAACGGCUACUACAACAACAACAAGAAGGACGACUUUAAUGGCUACUACUAUAACAACAAGAAUGGCGGCUUCUACAACAACAACAAUAACUACAACAAUAAUGGCGGCUAUGUGGGUGGUGGGAGAGAAGGGAAAUACUAUUACGGUAAUGGGAACAGUGAGGAUUCUUAUGGAAACAGUGGGAACUCGUAUGAGUUUGACUCCAUGGAAGAGUACGAGAGACAGCAGAGUCAGGGAGGGUAUUUCCCGUAAACAGAGAAAGAGAGAUUCCUAUACUGAAUUUGAGAUUUUAAGUUGAGUCUUGAUAAUCUUAAAUAUUUAUAGACUCUUCUUUUUUAUUAUUAUUAUUAUAUACGAAAAUGAUUUAAAAGGGGUGUUUGCUAAUUAAUUUACAUGUACUGUAGUCUGUAGUUCAAGGACUUGGUUCUUUCUGUUCUUUGAAUCAAAAUACAGAAUUCUGGAUCACAGUCAAGUUCUGAUUGGAAUGGGAGAAAAUAAAUGAGAAAUAAGCCCUCAGAUAUACCAUUCUGGUUGUGCUUGAAUCCUUUGAUAAGGGAAUUUAUUUAUUUUGCAAGCCUCAUGUUGUGAAUGCAUGUGAGGUAAAGUAAGAAAUUAUUUCAAAUGGUUCUGCGGAUCCGAUGGUUCUAGGGAGGGCUGGCCCUAGAUCCAAAAACCAUUUCAGCCUCCAAUAGUCCAAAUUCCA